UAGUCUAGCGUUCAUAAGAAACCAAAGGAAAAGUACGAUCGUGUGCUAUACACUAUAAUGUAUUUGCUACUGUAAGGCGUGAUGCAUGAUUGAAAAAUGGAUAUACCGAAAUGCCUACGUGUACAUAUAUUGCUGUUAGCAAUCUUAGUGUUCAAUACACAAGUGUCGAAUUCGUCUUGUACACUCCUUGGUGACAACGUAGAAGUUAACCUGAUAAGCGACCUGCUUCACCAGCACCUUAAAGUUGAGGCUACAAGAAAAAAGAGACAAGCAAUUGACAUUGGUGGACCUCUGCCUGGCGGUGGGACCGGAGAAGAAAUAGAACCUUCAGCAGAUUGUGAGGAAGGUAAACUUGAUCUUUACUUCGUGGUAGACAACAGUGAUAAUAUCAACACUAAGCAAUUCAAUGGAAUAAUAGAAUUCUUCCAAGUAUGGUUACGAUAUGUAAAAAUAGGGGAUUCGAAAUUGCAAGUUGGAAUGAUAACGUCUGGAACACAACCGGAUGUACUAUUCAACUUAAAGAAUUACACAACUAAAGAGGAGAUAUUGAAUGCAGUGAAUACGCGACUUAAACAUACUGGCGGGGAAGCUAAAACGCUCUCUGCAAUGGCAUUGAUGUUGGAUUCCUAUACCAUUGAGAAUGGUGACAGAUCUGACGCAAAUAAUGUUGCUAUUCUUAUAACCGGUGGACCAUCACCCAGUGAUACAGUUAAAGCGGUCGAAAUACUGAGCCGUGCCAAUCAGGAACAAGUAAACCUUUGGGCCAUAGGGAUUGAAACCUCUGUCUUCACGCGCAGCGACCUCAUCGCCCUCGACCCUGAAAUCCAGACAAAGGUAGUUAAAACAGAAGGAGGUCUUAAAUCGGCAACACUGGAGCUUCUGUUGGCAAUUCAGCAAUGUCCCAAGUUUGAGAUAUGUGAGGAAGGCGUGGCAGAUAUGGUGAUACUCAUCGACGAAUCUUGCAGUUUGACUGUGCAAGACUUUGAAGGCAUGAAGACCUUUAUAACAUCUUUGUUACCAAUGUUAUCAGUCCAUCCAAACCUCACCAGAGUUGCUAUAGCAACAUUUGGGGAUACAACAACGUUGAAGUUCCAUCUUAAUGAAUUUGAAAACCACAAUGACAUAAUCGGCGCAGUUGCACAAUUCGAACAGAAUUGCGGCGCAACGAACACGAGUGGGGCUAUUAGAUACAUGCGUGAACGCAUGUUCACAACUGAAAAUGGCGACAGGUCCAAUAUCUCUAACAUAGCAAUUAUCAUAACAGACGGUGUAUCAACUGUGGAUGAGAGGUAUACAGCGAGAGAAGCACAAAUAGCAAGGAGUGAAGGCAUCGCUAUGUUUAUGGUUGGUGUAGGAGCUAUGGUUGAUACAAAAGAGCUAAAACUGAUUGCCAGUAAACCCCAUGAGAAACAUUUGUUCCAAGUUACUGAUUACUAUGGCCUGAUGAGUAUUACCAAUACAUUAGCAUCAAAGACAUGUUACGUACCAGGAUGUGCAUUUGACAAAGUAGAUGUCGUGUUUGUGCUAGAUGUGUCAGGUAGUCUUUCCGAUGAAUCAUUUAAACACAUGAUGCUGUGGGUGGCUAGUUUCGUAGAGGUCUUGGAGGUUGGACCCCACGCUGUUCAGUUUGGUCUUAUAACAUUCUCAACAACGGUCAAGAUUGAUUUCUACCUGAACACAUAUAGCAAUAGGCAAGAUGUUCUUGAUGCUCUUUCGCAGGUACAGCACAUGAAGGGAACCACCGAUACUAAAGGAGCUGUUGCUACUAUGAGGGACAUAAUAUUCACUGAAAACAAUGGGGAUAGAGAGGGUAUUCUCAAUGUUGCCGUUGUACUUACGGAUGGUGCAAGCAAGACUGGAGAACCUGGACCAGAAGCAUAUAAAGCCAAGGAGAAUGGUAUCUAUAUAUUCGCAAUCGGGAUAGUGACUCCUGAACUCGAUAAGGAUCAGCUUACUGAAAUGAGUAGUGAACCGGAGGAAGUGUUUCUUGUAUUGGUCAAUAGCACUGAGGAAUUACUCAAAGGCAAUGCCCAGCAGAGAGCUAGUGUCAUAAGGUGUAGUCCCCCACCAGAGGAGCCUCCAAUAGACCCGACUAGUACUGCUCAACCAGUAACAAUCCCAUCUACGAUAGCGCCUACUUCUUCUACAUCUGCAAGUUUCACAACAAGUUGCCCAUAUGGGACAGCGGAUAUCUUCAUUAUUCUUGGUGUGUCAGGAGAAGAAGUGAUCCCUUUCCUGAGGGAUAUCAUCAUGGAUCUUGAUAUUGGCAACUACUCAACAAACAUUGCUGUCAUUACUUUUAAUAAUUCAAGCCCACAUACAGAGAUACAUCUCUCUGAGUAUACAUCAAAAGCAGAUAUUCUUAAUGCCAUUGAUGCAUUUCCAACAAUGGUUCAGGGAGAUAAAAUAUUAUCGGAAGCUCUCGAAGAAGUUUUUCGAAGUAAAGCCACUAGAAAAAAGUUUAGGGAUCACUUUCCCAGUAUAUGUGUCAUAUUUGCAGAUCACACGUUGCAAAUGGGAACAAAUAUUUUACAAAUAAGUGAAACUCUUCAUGAAAAUGGCACAGAAAUAGUUUUGGUUAAAGUAGGAGAUCCUCCCAUUGAAAUUGAUGCAAUUAUUAAGCAGAAAGAUGUUUUAUAUACGCUGGAUGGAUUUACAGAACUCCACGAAAUAUCCAAGAAUAUAACUGAAAAUGUUUGCAGACAAAGAUCAGCAUGUCCAGCCUCAUCAGCUGGAUUAGAUAUAGCACUUCUUCUCGAUACGUCAUCUAGUGUUGAGGAAGGGACUCUUUUAGAUGCAAUAUACAGUGCAAAACAAUUAACAAAGUUGUUACCAGAAACUUAUAGAGUUGGGGUUAUAACUUUCAGUGACACAGCAGAAGUGCAGUUUUAUUUAACGUCGUAUACAUCAACUGAAAAUAUCACGGAAGCCAUAUCACAAAUCCAAGCAUCACCAGGUGCGACAAACAUAGCUGCUGCUUUCACUUCACUUGGGGAUAUAUUCAACAUUGCUAAUGGGGAUAGUGAGUUGAAUCCUAAUGUAGCUGUGCUUAUGUCAGAUGGUGUUGCAACAGUUGAUACAGAACUUACAUACACAUAUGCUCAAUACCAUAAAGACAGCAAUGUCAGAGUAAUAUCUCUAGGAAUAGGACCAGCCAUCGACGUUCAAAGUCUUGAAGCACUCGCAUCUGGUAGCUUGGAUGUAAUACUAGCCACAGAUGCUAACUUUCGGAACUCUAUCCUCCAUCCUUUUUGGGCAUCAUCAAAGUUUGUCAUGGAGAUUACACACCUGUUGUUUGCUUUCAUCUCCUUGGCAAUUGUUGCCAUAUCAACAAUAUCAGGUGCACCACCAAAUCUAGAGAAAGCGAAUAUAAAGAGAGCAGCGUGGCUACCAUCUCGGGAGAUAGGCAAAGCAAGCGACGAGGAUUGGAGAGAGCCCUCAACUUCUGGUAAACCGUUCAAGGAUAGAGUAUUAAAUGCAGUGUUACAGGCUGGGGAUCAAGAAAAAGAGAAAAAAGCCACCUGGUUGCCCACAAAGAAAGCCAUGUGGCUACCAACCAAAAAAGCCAUGUGGCUACCAACCAAAAAGGCCAUGUGGCUACCCACCAAAAAAGCCACGUGGCUUCCAACAAAACGCGAGGACACUAGUAAAGAAAGGCGAGCAAUGUGGUUGCCUACCAAAAAGGCAACCUGGUUACCGACGAAAAAAGCAACUUGGUUACCAACUAAAAAGGCCCAUUGGCUGCCGACUAAAAAGGCACAUUGGCUACCAACUAAAAAAGCACAUUGGCUACCAACUAAAAGAGCUACUUGGUUACCUACUAAAAAGGCACAAUGGCUAAAUACGAGAUCUAUGAGGUCUGUUGAUGGGCUGGAAAGAUCCAGUCGGUCUCUCUGGUUUGCAACUCGAGAGCUAGAUGAAGAGGAUAAGAAUGAACGUAGUAUGGAAGAUGAAAAUAAUUCUAAUCUUGACUUAGAGGGCUCAAUUGACAGAGAUGAUUUAGAUGAUGCGGCUUUCAAUGGUAUAAAAGAUGCGAUAGACGACAUAUGGAGGCGACAGCUUGCUGGAGAGGGGAAAUUGAAUCCAGAUAUUAUAUCUGUCGAUGAGGGUUCGGAUAACGCAGUGGAUAAACGCGGGGGAUACCAAGGGCUGUGCUUCAGGAGGACAGCCAGUGGGCACUACAUACCAAAGAUAUGUUGGAGAACAGGUUAACAGAGUGAGACUUGCCGUAUUUUACAAAAAUACUCGUAAAUUACCACUCGUGAUAACAAACAACCAAAACAACAAGGGGAACAAAAGGGACUUAACAAGUAGAAAUACAACGGGAACAACGACCACCAAAAGAUCAUCCAAAUCAAAAAAUUCUAACCGAGUGAAAUUCUGGGUUUCACGAUUUAUCGAACUGCUAAACCUCUUCUUUUGAAUGUCGACCUCUUAUUUUGAUGUUAUAUAUAAUUGUAUCUUCAUUUGUUCAUAUAUGAUGUAAAAAUGUAUAUAGCUU